UAUAUAGAUUACAUAUAAACUGAGAUUUCAAUUAUAAAGGAUUGAUUUGUUUCUAAAAUGAGCAAACGUCAUGCGAGUCAUGUCGGCCAUGUUGAAUUUCUUGUAACGCAAAGGGAAAUGUCAGCUGGCGGCUGCCGUGUUAUUUCUUUGGAAAAACUGUGAAAAAAUCUACUGGAAGUUAUUUUCUGUGAUACACCAGUGAACAAUGUAUUCCAGAAGUAUCAUGUUUUAGUUCAAUUUGAGGUGAAAAUAUGACAGAAAUUAGUCAAAGGUGGCAUGCGAUUUCUCUUGCAUUUAUAUGGUUUGUCACGAGAUAAAAUGAGUUUAGCCUGACUAAAUACUUGUAAAUUAUUCCUUUAGUUUGUUUCGUUAUGAUUGUUGAGUGUUGAAGUGGUAACUUUGGAAUCAAGUGUUUAUUUGUGUGGUUUUCGCCCCCUUGUCAUAAGUUGCACCUGUGUCCAUCAAAGCGGUUGCCUGGUGCCUGACGUCUGCGCUGAGGAUCUGGUUGUGUUAGAUAGCACGGUUGAGAGUAUACACAAACGAACAGGAUGAACGGCUCCGAAUCCGGGUUUAACCCGGCGUUCAAUAUUGCCACAAUAAAGCAAGUGGUAAAUGAGGCCAUAGAAAGAGUUGCGCCGGUUUCAGUGCGGAUGCCCACGCCGACCCGUCUCCGGGACCUGAUCCGGCAGAUCCGAGCCGCCCGGACGGCCGCCGAAGAGCGCAGUGUCGUCAACAAGGAAUGCGCCUAUAUACGCUCCACCUUCAGAGAAGAGGAUAGUGUUUGGAGAUGUCGAAACAUCGCCAAGCUUCUCUACAUCCACAUGCUGGGGUACCCGGCUCACUUCGGCCAAUUGGAGUGCCUGAAACUGAUCGCCAGCCCGCGGUUCACGGACAAGCGGGUCGGCUACCUCGGCGCCAUGCUGCUUCUAGACGAGCGGCAGGACGUCCAUCUACUCAUCACCAACAGCUUGAAGAAUGACUUAAACAGCAACACCCAGUUCGUCGUGGGCCUCGCACUAUGCACGCUGGGAGCCAUAGCCUCUCCAGAGAUGGCGCGCGACCUGGCCUCGGAAGUAGAACGGUUGAUCAAGUCGCCCAACGCGUAUAUCAAGAAGAAGGCUGCUCUGUGCGCCUUCAGGAUCAUCAGGCGAGUUCCAGAUUUGAUGGAGAUGUUCCUGCCUGCCACCAGAAGCUUGUUGACCGAGAAGAAUCAUGGUGUGCUCAUCACGGGUGUGACGCUCAUCACGGAGAUGUGUGAGAACAGCCCAGAUACCCUGAACCACUUCAAGAAGAUCGUGCCGAACCUCGUGAGGAUACUGAAGAACCUCAUUCUCGCCGGCUACUCGCCCGAGCAUGACGUCAGCGGGGUGUCGGAUCCAUUCCUUCAGGUGAAAAUCCUCCGUCUACUCCGGAUACUCGGCAAAAACGACGCCGAAGCGUCGGAAGCGAUGAACGACAUCCUCGCCCAGGUCGCCACCAACACUGAAACAUCCAAGAACGUCGGCAACACCAUCUUAUACGAGACAGUCUUAUCCAUCAUGGACAUAAAAUCGGAGUCCAGUCUCAGAGUACUCGCUGUCAAUAUUCUAGGACGGUUCCUCCUGAAUAAUGACAAGAAUAUCCGUUACGUCGCCCUGAAUACUCUGCUUAGGACUGUGCACGUCGAUACGUCUGCUGUGCAAAGGCAUAGGACUACUAUUCUGGAGUGUUUGAAGGACCCGGACGUGUCAAUCCGGAGACGAGCGAUGGAGUUAUCCUUCGCGUUAGUUAACAGCAGCAACAUCCGUAGUAUGAUGAAGGAACUCUUAGUGUUUCUAGAACGUUCCGACGCCGAGUUCAAGGCACACUGUUCCAGCGCCAUGGUCCUGGCCGCGGAGAGAUACGCGCCCUCCAGCAAGUGGCACCUCGACACGCUGUUCCGUGUCUUCCUGAAGGCGGGCAACUACCUCCGCGACGACACAGUAUCGAGCACCAUCCAGAUAGUGUCGGCGGCGCCUGCGGAGCGGCAAGCGUACGCGGCCAUGCGGCUGUGGUCCGCGCUCGAGCACUGCGCCGUCUGCGGCGACGCCACUGAGAAGCAGCCGCUAGUGCAGGUGGCAGCAUGGACGAUUGGUGAAUACGGAGAUCUGCUGGUGUCGGAGGCUAGCAGCAAUAUAUCUAUGGUCGACGAGGAUGGUAUCGAGGACUCGUACGUUUCAGACGACUUCACGCAGCCUUCGGAGGAGUACGUCAUAGACAUGUACCAGAAGUUGUUGUGGUCGACGCAGUUGUCCAUCACCACUAAGGAGUACCUGCUGCUGUCGCUUGCGAAACUGUCCACCAGGUUCACCACGCAGCCCAGUCAGGACAAAAUCCGGGUGAUCAUCGACACGUUCGGGUCUCACAUCCACAUCGAGCUGCAGCAGAGAGGCGUCGAGCUCUCCCAGCUUUAUAGGAACUACGCGCACCUGCGGCCGGCGCUGCUGGAGCGCAUGCCGCCCAUGGAGCCGCCCGCCGGCGCCGCCGCUCACGACGCCGAGCCCGAGCCCGACGCGCCCGCGGACGCCGCGCACGACCACCACCACCAGGACGCGCUCCUGGACCUGAUCAUCGGGUCGGACUCGCUGACCAACGGGGACGUGCACCCCGCGCCCGCGCCCGCCCCGCCCGCGCCCGCCAACAACAACACCUCCAGCAACGACAUCCUGGAUCUGCUGAGCGGUCUGGAGUUGUCCACCCCGGUGGUGCCGGCCAGCGUGGUGAACAACAACGCGCCGCCCGCCGCGCUGCUCGACGGACUGUUCGCCGCGCCACUCGCCCAGGACACGCAGACCUCGCCUGCGGCCGGCGACAUCCCCCCGCUGACGGCGCUGGAGCGCGGCGGCGUGCGCGUGGUGCUGCAGGCGGCGCGCGGCGGCCGCACCGCCACGCUCACCAUGCGCGCGCGCACGCUCGCGCACACGCUGCACGACUUCCUGUUCCAGGCCGCCGUGCCCAGGACGUUCCAGUUGGACAUGAUGUCUCCGUCGGGCACGGUGCUGUCCCCGCAGACAGAGAUCACGCAAGUUCUCAAGAUCACCAACCCAUCCAAGACGCCGCUGCGACUGAGGAUACGAGUGUCGUACAAUAUCGACGGCAAUCCAGUCCUGGAACAAGCGGAGGUGAACAGCUUCCCCGCCGACCUAUUCAACUGACGCGGGGCCAGCCCGCCCGGCGGCUCGCUGUAGUCACUCACUCAUCACGACCAGCCACCACUGGCUGACACUGACACUACCGGAACACACUGAUAUGUAUAAGUUGAGUAUGUACCGUCACGAGCACGAGCAUUAAUAUGUAUACACUUUGGUACCAUGUCACAUUAACUUUUUUGACAAAUUGAACUGUAAGUCUCACUAAAUGUCAAAUAUGUUAGUGCGACAGAGUCCUAAAGUGGGUACAUUAUAUUGCUCAUGACUGUACAUGGGGUUAUUGUCUGUAAGGGAAGCGAAAAAUUUAACAAUUCUUCAGAAAAACUUGACAAGAGUCAAGAUUAACGCGUCGGUUUUAGAACUUUUCGAUCUUUUUACCGACUUCAAAAAAGGAGGAGGUUCUCAAUUCGACCGUAUAUUUUUUUAUCAUUAUAUCUAACUAAAUGUCUCAUUUAACUUAUUUAUGUCAGGUAACAAAGGCCCGUCUAUAUUUAACAUUAUAAAAAUCAAAAUACAAUAUAGAAUUGCAACAGCUGUAUAUAAAGCGAAAGUUGAUGGUAGGGCUGGCAGAGGAAGACCUAGAAGGACUUACAUUUGUAAGUUACAUUGACCAAAUUGGAGAUGUCCUUAGAAAAAGUUUAACACGAUCUACUCUGAACCGGCGUGCGUGUAUGAAGCGAUUGAUGAAUGUGGAGGAAGCAAGAGAAGUGUGUUAGGAUCGAAGCAAAUGGAAUUCUUUAGUCUCUGCUUACCCCGGUGGGAAAUAGGCGUGAGUUUUUGCAUAAAAAUCAACUAUGUCGACAUACUAUGUGGUGUAUCGGUGGUGCACGGUGGCUGUCUACCGCGGUAACGGCGAUACGCCCCGCAUGAAGGCGUGUCUGCUAGUCGGCUCGUACACCACAAAGCAUGGGACUUUCUGUAGUGACGCGACUUCAGCGGCUGCACUUUCAAGAGAUUGGUCUUCGUCUUGGUGUACUCCGUGAGUAUAAAAUGUAUGAAUCUUAAAAGCCGCAGGACGUCCCGUUGUGCCAGCAGUGUUGAUCUUAAUAGAAUGUUAGUUAAUCGAGUAAUUCACGAAGCUACGUGUCUAUUUCCAAUACAAGACAAUAACCCCACAGAAGUUUGUUAUUCCUGCAUUAGUUUGAAUCCUGAACUUAUAAUAUAUAUAAUUGGUCAGUUCUCUACCACGCAGGGACACCAAACUACUGAAAAACUAAGAAAUUAGUCAAGUUCAUCUAACUGUAAACUGUUUUAUUUACGAUAAACAUAUAUAAAUAUUCACUCAUUUCAUUUUUCAUUUCGCUCUGGAAAUUUUCCUGCAUAAACAUCUUUGUUUCCUUGGCAGAGUGGAAAUUCAAUGUUGUAUUACUUUUUCUACUUGUACUAUGAAUUGUAAGAUUUUGUAAACUGUCUUUGUUGUUGUAAGACGGAAGCUUUGGUUUCUCGCUAUAGUCUGACUGUUACUGAUCUACGAAUAUUCUAAGAAAAACGUCAAUACAUUUUGUUCAUCUCCAUAGGUUAAAUUUAGUUUUAUCUUAAUAAUUAUAAGCCUAUGUACUUCACUUCCUUUUUUGCUCAUUUACGUAAGCCACUAGAACUAAAAAUUAUAUUCGUGGCUUUACAACUUGUACUGCGUGAGAUUUGUUAACAUUCCACUAUAGGUAAGUGCAUAGACUACCCUUAGGUCUGAAAACAUUGGGGCCUCUGUUAGACACUGCUAUAUCGAUUUAAUUCCGUUAAAUUCAAACAGAAAAUCCCUGCGUUAGAAAAUAACUAACAUAAGGUUCUUAUUUCAUACAAAAAGGUGUCAUUUUAUACCUUCCUAUAAUUUUUUUACCUACAUUACGCCUAUUAACAAUCGUUUUUCACGUAGUAAAAUGACAUCAGUUUAAGUAAUUCUGGAUACGCUUCCUAAAGUGACAAUAUCACCUUUCAAUCACACCGCAGUUUUGGUUGAGAUUGAGGACUGUAACAUAACGAUGUAUAGAGAGAUGUUAAGGGUUGUAUGGAAUGUGUACUUAAUAAAAUAUAAAUAUAUGGAAAUCACUAUUAUAAUUAUUACGUGUGAUAAAUGGAGCUCUAGAUUUCCUUCGGAGUUUGGUGUAAAAAUUUAGUCAACUUUUGAAGAAGGGCUGGAGUGUGAGGUCGAUUUCUAUUGAAUUUGAAAUAAAGUCUAUUUAUCUGUUGUCUUCAUUUUUGUUUCUGUAGUUAACACAAUCUUUCAAUAAUAAUUAAAUCCCUUUACAAAGAGAAAAUAAAGUAUAUCGUAUUAUAUAUUAAAAUUACGUUGUCGACCGCAAGGAUCGAGCUGUGCUCCUGCCCACAUCAAGUAUUUUAUUUAUUAAAGUAUAGUCUAUUUUUGCGAUGUAAAUCUAGUUUGGUCGUAGAACAUUAUUCCCAUUGCAUUUUGUGUUAAGAGUAGUUAUUUGUGUACGAGAUUCCUUACUCGCUUCGUUCAGUGCUAGGCGGUAUUUAUUAUGUUAAUUAGUCCCGUUCCUUUAUCAUAAGCCUUCGAGGAUUUUAUAUUCGACUAAAAUGUAUAUAAGUAAGAAUUACACGUCUCUAAAAAUGAAAUAAUAGAUAUAAAUAAAUAUGCUAACAUUUUUACUCCCGAUUUUGAUGUUUUGGGAUAUUUUAACACUUAGGCACUUAGUUUUACUUUUAUUUUCGUCCUAUUUAUAUUUUAGGUUUUAUUCACUAACCACCCGCAUUAUUGAACUAUGUAGUCGUAUAAAUUAGAUUCCUAACGAUGUGAACCACGACGGUAGCAGCACGACCUGUUAGUUUAGUCCGCUCGCGUAAUCAUGGAGUAUAUAUUUUUUCUUUCCAUUAUGUAAAGAGAGCUUGGCAAAUAUAUCGUAAUUUGGUGCUUAUUUUACUCUAAUAUGUAUCUGAUUAAAUAGAAGGCCCUCCACGACGUGAGAUGUUAUGAUUUUGUGUAAAGCUAUGUGAAAGAUGUACAUAAUGAUUUAUGUAAAUUGGUUAAUAAAUAUUUGAGAAUGUUUAUAUAAUCAAA